AUGUCGUCAAACCAGAAAAUCUCAUAUGCCACUCUUUCCUUAGUAAAUGUCACUACUUUGAACUAUGAUAAAGGAUUGUCGGGUGCAGCUAAAACCCGAGCAGAACCAAAAGCAGCCCGUAAGAAAAAGGAAAGGCUGGCGGCGACUCGGGCUGAUGAGAAUACCGUGGAGUGGACACGUUAUAGAGGAGUGAGACGACGACCGUGGGGAAAGUUCACGGCUGAGAUGAGAAACCCGAAUAAGAAAAGGGCCAGGCUGUGGCUAGGUACAUUUAAUACUUCAGAGGAAGCUGCAUUGGCUUAUGACAAAGCUGCUUUUAAGUUUCAUGGCAAAAGAGCCAAAGUUAAUUUUCCGCAGUUACUUGAACUUGGUGAUGAUAAGACAACCGCCACUCUCACAUCUCCAACUCCUGUUGCCGCUACCACCACUAGCACCGGCGCCGCUACCUCCACGUCUGUAAUUGUACAGAGUGUAGAAGAACAGCAAAAAAUUCAUCAAUAUAAAGGUGAGGACAAAGAUAACUGCUCGCAGGAUGAUGCCGAAAUGGAUGUAUUGAACUUGUACGAUUCAUUGCCCAAAACUCCGGUGGACGGACUAGCUGCAUAUCCUAGGACGAAUUACAACUCUGCUGAGUCGGAGGGAAGUGAAAGCGAGUCAUUUUGGGAUUUCAUAAAGGAAAGCACAAUGCAUUCGCCAAUUAUCAGCUCCACGUUUAAGGAUUCACAAUGGGAUUUUUAUUUAAACAAGUGGGAGUGUGAAGAUCAAAAUUAG